ACUAUUCGGGUUGUAAUUCGUCGCAGCUUUUCGCUAUUCGCUGACCCGAUCCGACGAAAUCUUUGACAUCGUGACGGAACGCGUCUUGGCUUUUGACGUGUAGGCCUGCGCGUGCCGUUUUUGUGCAUGCCUCCACGUGUAGGAUCCUCGUUCUGCCCCCCUGUGCGGGUCGGGUCGGGUAGCGUGGCUUUACUCAGCGUUCCCCUGUUUCUCUCCAUCGUUCUCGUCCGUCGCUUGUCGCGCCGCCAUUUCCGCCGCCGCCGUCCUCGUCUCGUGCCGAUCUUCGUUAAGUCUUCCCCCAAAUCGCGGUCGCUUCCGUUUCUGGAAGACGCCUCUCCUGCCUUCUUCGCUAAUUCCGACCGUCGUUCCGGUGAGCAUCUUCGCUGUUGCUCCUCCCUGCUUUUUUCUCUGCUCCGAUUGCACGAAAACCCUAAUCGCCGUCACUGACCUCUUCCAUCUCCGUCGUCUCCGAUCGAGGUCGACUCUGACAACUCUCAGGUGGUUCCCCGCCCCGCCUCUGUCUCGCGAAUUAUGGUGUCGGAAGUUUGUUCUAGGAUCACUCUUCCAUGAUAUCGUUUCGUGAUAUUGUCGGAUUUCGUACCGAUCAUCUUGCAUUUGACAGCCUUCGUCUCAUAGGGUUGGCGAUAUGCUUGAUUUGUAGUGUCCUCGGCGAUCAAUUCGCGGAUUGCAAUUAGCUCAAUUGGUCAUCUUGUGGGGAAACAAUUGUCCCAUGGUUGCUUCCGAAUAUACCAUGGACAGCAAAGAUCACAUCCCUGAGGAAGCAAAGAAGAUGUUGCAGUCGUUGGCUUCCGAGUGGGAUGAUGUGCUCGAUUCAAAUGCAUUACAGGUGAUCCGACUUAAGGGUGCCAUGACCAAUCAAGUCUUCCAAAUAAAGUGGCCCGCCAGAAAGGAUGGAGUGCCACGAAAGGUCCUAGUUAGGAUUUAUGGUGAGGGUGUGGACGUGUUCUUCGACAGGGAAAACGAGAUCCGGAGUUUCGAGUUUAUGUCUAAGCAUGGGCAGGGGCCUCGUCUGUUGGGUAGGUUCUCUAAUGGGCGAAUUGAAGAGUUCAUCCAUGCACGGACACUUUCAGCUCCUGAUCUGCGUGACUCUGAAAUUUCUGCUCAUAUAGCGGCUAAAAUGAGGGAAUUCCAUACUCUGGAUAUGCCCGGUCCAAAGAAUGCUGUUCUCUGGGAUAGACUAAGAAAGUGGCUGCAGGCGGCCAAGGAUAUGGCUACUUCGGAAGAAGCAAAGGCUGUAAACUUGGAUGCCAUUGAGGAUGAAAUUGUUUUGCUGCAAAGGGAGCUGGCAGGGAAGGAACAUAUAGGAUUCUGCCACAACGAUUUACAGUAUGGUAACAUAAUGAUGGAGGAAGACACUAAAGCAAUAACCAUUAUUGACUAUGAAUAUUCCAGUUAUAAUCCCAUUGCCUUCGAUAUUGCAAAUCAUUUCUGUGAGAUGACUGCUGACUAUCAUACCGAGACUCCUCAUAUUUUGGACUUCAGAAAAUAUCCCGGUGAGCAAGGAGCGCGAAGAUUUAUACGAAUAUAUUUGAGUCAUUCAGGUCAUGUGCCAAGUGAGGCUGAGGUAGAGCAGCUGGUCCAAGAUGUUGAGAAGUAUACACUGGCCAGUCAUCUAUUUUGGGGCCUGUGGGGAAUAAUAUCGGAGCAUGUGAAUGAAAUUGACUUUGACUAUAUCGGAUAUGCAAGGCAGAGGUUUGAACGGUAUUGGUCGACCAGACCCAUUUUGUUGAGCUCACAUGGAACUUCUCCCUCUGAUGGUGCGACAGACAGCUAAACGUAGCCUCAAAUUCUGAAAAAUUUGUUAAUUUUAUUUGCAGUGCUGUACAUACGAAACCGUGUAGAAGUACACUACCCCAGGUUUUUUGGCACAUAAUGCAUGGUUAGAUGAGAUUUAUUAGGAAACAAGAAAAUGAAAAAGACAUGGUGAGGUGAGGAUUUUGCUUGUAAUGAAAAUGCCAAUCUCUUGGGUAGCAUUACCUUUGAACUAAUAAUGUAGGCAUUAUCUAUCGAUUGUGUAUUUUUGUAGUAGUUUUGCAGUUUUGGUGUUAGUA